AUCUUUUAAUAGUCAGUAUGAACAGGAGGAAAAGACAGACUUGAAAAAUUGUGAGCCUAUCCUUAAACAUGCAACAGAUGAAUUUGGUUACUGAGCUCAGGUUUCUUUACAUCAGCGAUUUGAUUUUACAUUAGCUUUCAUUAGGAUCCAAGUUCUGAGAAGUCGCAGUAGCAUUCUCUCUUCCUGCCUAUAACACCUUCUCAUAGCAUUACUGCUCUCCUCUGUGCUCAUGCUGCAGCUUAACAUGAGUCACUUUCUCAAAGUCAGAAUCCGAACAAGUGGCCUCUGUUAUGCAUCACUCCAGUCUAGACAUACAACUCAUGUUACAUAUAGGCUAAACUGCCCACAGAAUUAUUAUUGGCAAAAUAAAGCAAUUGAGACAAAGUGAAUAAAAGCUGAAGAAAUACAGAUCAUCAUUAUAUAUUUUUGUUUUAUGCAAAUUGCCAGUUGGACAAAUUUGUAGGUGAAAUGCAGCUUAACUUCAUGGCGACAGGAAAGGUUCAUUUUAUACACAAACAGACAGAUAGUUGACUUAAUCAUGUACAAGUGUCUCAUUGUGGUUUAACUGACUGAGGCUUUCACAGAUAUCAAAGAGGUUUUAUGAUGUAUCUUCCUGGGGUUAUGUUUUAUCUAUUCUAUGAACUUGUAUUUGAUAAAGUUCAGCAGACUGAAAUAUAUUUGUUUCCACUGCAGUUCGAGACAAUGUUACUGUUGUCAUGUACACCCACCAACUAAAACACUGGCCGAGACACAGUUCAUUCAGUUCACAAACGAUUUGUAAUGAUGCUUAACUGCACUGUGGGAAACUCAACCUGAAAAAAAAUCAGCCAAGUACCUGUCUGGAGCUCAGUACAGUAUGAAGUCUGCCAUGAAAGAACAAUAAAAGGCUUUAUAACUGAUAAUUAAGAAAUGGAUUUGAACUAUUUUGCACAGUAUAUAAAAAAUAAUGUUCCACAUUUACCAUACUCUUUGGGGACAAGUCCAACAGUGUAUGUUUAAAUGUUCUCAUUAAACUGAACAGGCCACCAAGAAAGUGGGUAGUGAACAUAAAAUAGUAUGUUAACAUCACAGAGUGACCCUAAUCAAACAACAGGAAGGGUCUGUCUGGGUCCAACAAUGAAACAUCUGCAUUUAUGAAGUCUCCACAUGAAGGUUUUUACCCAGGUUCAACAUGUAAGGGCCACAUAUGUUUGUUUUGGCUGCUGCUUGGGAUUAUUUCUAAAGCAGCUGUAUUCACAACUGAUAAACUAUAGCAUCACUGAAUCUUAUCCAUGGGUUUGUGAGGAAUAUGUGCUCUUUAUUUAUUAUCUAUGACAAACUUCCAUCCACAAGAAAACACAUAACUGAAGUGAAGAGCUGAGAGUCUGGUCGUGUGCUGCGUUGCCUCGGUGUGAGAGUCUGCACAGGCUGCAGCUCGGAUAGAGGCAGCUCAGCCCACACGCUUGACUGUCAUAGCAGCCGGGUUUGCUUAAUAUGGAAUACUUGCACAAAGCGAACUGCCAAAUCCAUUUGCAUCGGCGGAAAAAAGGAGUCCUGUAGUGGCGCAAAUUAGAAAAGCAGCUCAUUUUGCCGGUCUUUAUGGCUUCUGGCUCUGGAGAUGAAGAGGGAAACACGGGAGGCGUUUCAUGGAGGCUCAUAGGCCCGGCCUCGGAGCUUUCCAAGAAGCGCUGCCGUCUAAUGUACUCCUGCCUCGGCUACGACUCUGAUGUCUGCCUCUUCUACGUGAAGGGGGAGUUUUUCGCCAUGGAUGCCCGCUGUUCACACUCCGGUGGUCCUCUGUGUGAGGGUGACAUUGAGGAGGCUGAUGGAGUCCUGCAGGUCUUCUGCCCCUGGCAUGACUACGACUUUGACCUGAGAACUGGGAAGUCAGGGACAUCAUUACAGCAACAAGUGUAUGAAGUCAAGCUGGAGGACGGCAACGUGUACGUGAAGCAUGCAAGUCGUCUCUCCUUACAGCCUUUCCCUGCAGAUCAGAAGAGCUGAAGAGCUGAAGAACCUCAGCUGCUGCUUCGUCCUCCAGCCCUUCUUGAGACCACCGAUUCCCUGACUGCCUGUAGUGAGCCCACUCUAUUUUUAAGACUUAUUCCACAAACCCAAGCCAUCUGAAACAUUCCUAAGCCUUAUCUGUCAUUUUCACAGACCAUUUCCACUUUGUUUGCUAUGAACUCAGGAUGAUAUCAGAAGAUUGUCUGAAGAGGGUAUGACAUCAUUAAAUUGUUUCAGGUAGAGAAUCAUUACAGACGCUGCAGAUGGAGCUGCAAGCUCACUGCUGGCCUUGAUAACACACCAGACAGUAGCAGAGGGUUGACCUCAAUGCAACAUAAAAGCAUGAUAUAUUACUUUUCCCAACCAAUGUUAUAGAACUAAGUAGCAUAUCUGAUUAUUGGCUGUGUAACAGUGAUUUUUUAAAUUUAUGUUAUGUUGAAAUGAAUAUCCAGAAAUAUUAUGUUACAAUUUUAUGUUUUUACCUCACAUUCAUGCAGUCACUAUCUACUUGUGACACUUUUGCACUAGCCAUUGCAUUACUUUAAAUUAUUCAUUAACUGGGUGUAAACCAUUUUUGUAUGUUGAAACCACUUCCUUCACAACUGCUGUCCAACUUUAGUACCCUUAUGUAUUCUUUGGUCAAUCAUACCUAAGUACAAAAUGAUCAUUUACAACAGUAUAACCAUAAUUGCGAUGAUGAUAUGAAUUCACAUGCAGCGUGAUAUUAAGCCUUUGUGUUGUCAUAUUAAGGUAAUGGAAGUCAUUACAAUUAGAUCAACUAAUGAUGAAUGUCGUUAUCAAUUAAUCUGUUUGUUAUUUUCUUGAUAUACUGAUUAAUCAUGCAGUCGAUAAAAUGUCAAAAACUAGUGAAAAAAUGCCCAUCACAAUUUCUCUGAGCUACAUGUGAUGUCCUCACAUGUACUGUUUUAUUCAACCAACCGCAAAAAACAAAUUGAUAAAAUCUGUUAUGAUAUAAAACAGAGAAAAGCAGAAACAGAGAAUGUGUGAUAUUCUCUUUUAAAAAAUCUACUAAAAAUCGCUCUAAUUACAAUAUAUGCAAUAUGUCAGUUUAAAAGGAAGAAAGUCAUUUUUCAGAUGAGGAAAAAGUGAAAAACAUCUUGGUCUCUAGACUAGACAUGUAGGUGCUAAUUAUCAGUUGUGGUGUGUUUGUAAUUUUGAGGUCCAAACUGUCAGUGAGUGUACAGGUCACCUUUUUCUGACUAUAAAGCUUCCACUCAUUUUCAGUGGAGAUAUUUGUAAUAGUGGAAUGACAGUCUCUUUCAACAGCCUAACUCUAACCAAAACCAAACUGUUUCAUGUUCAUUACUACAUAUAAUCACCUUCCUUGUGUUCAACAAGCAUUACCUCCGCCCUUAAACUGUAACACUCACAGACAAGCAGUCAUACUUGUUGAGUUGUGGCCUUUGGAUACAUUUAGACACUUAUUCCAGUGAUGUCAAGCAACAGAAACCCACUUUCAGCAUUUGUGUUGUUGGACUGUUUCUUAACCCAAAUUGAGUUCCAGCAAGUAGAACACACAUGAAGGGCACCGCAAUUACAAUUGGUGGCAGUCCCAGUGUUAAGACGUCUUCAUCAGCAUUUCUCUCCAUUCCUGGCUUGUGCAGAGACAGGUUUGUCUGUCACUGACGCAAUGGGACUCUGGUUAGAAAGGCGCCGAAGGAAGGUUCAUGACCUGACAUGCACCAUUGACUCAAGAAAAAUGUGUUUUUCUAGCUUUAUGUAUGUGUGUGUGUGUGUGCACUGAUGAAAGUGUGUUUCCCUUAUUCCUCAGUGGCGAGUGCAGUCACUCACUAUAUUAUUUGUCAGCUCCAUUUUCUAGCAGACACACUGUGCCCAGUCAUGAAGGUGUCAGUGACAGUGUGGCUCAAGACUCUCAUUUUCCUCCCUGCUGUGCUCCCUGAUGUGCGAUUUUAUUACAAUAAUAAUUCCACUGGCUAAAAACGUCUGUUGUCUGUGCACUAGAGGUCUUGCUGUGAGCUUUAUAAUUCAUCUCCUGGAGGGUAAUGGGCACACACAAUGGAGAUGCAGCUAUUUUUUUUGUUGCUAGAGAAGUCGAAGUGAACACUGUUCAGAUUCUGCACAGGCCAGGAAUGUUUUCUUUUACACUUUUAAAUCUUUACAUCCCGAGAGUGUCCUUUGACACUGAGGAAACCAGCAUUCAUUUCAGCCUUUCUAUAUGUUUUCUGAAAUGUAUUUCAUAUGCUCAACUUGUUUUAAUUUUGUUUCUCUCUUUUUUGUGUUGUUUCAACUACCUGUCUGUUGUAAGCUAGCAUUGUUUGUUGUAAAUUAUAUUUAUUGGUGUGACUUUUGUACAGCUGAAAAUUUAAGCUUCUAUGCAUUAUUUAAUUUACAAAAUAAAUUAUUGUA